AUGCAGCGACCGGAGGUGCAAGCUGCAAUGCGGUCGAAGCUGAAGUACGAAAGCGCUGCGGAGGCAGCGCAGAGAACCAAGUUGGAUAAGUUGGAGCGGAAACAAAGAAGGUACGAGCUCAUGGGAGAGUUGAUGAAGUGUGCUACCAACAUCAAGCACCUGAUUUCACCCAUGUUCCGGUACAAAAUUACUCAGCAGUACUUGUGGAAGGUCCUUUGUGAAGCUCGCAAAGAGGGCUUGCUAUUUUGCGACAAAGUGAGGCAGCCUCAGGUGUAUCAUAGGCUGCAAGCCAUCAAGGCGGAGAUCACAGCAGGGCCUUACGGAGUAGCUGGCUGGCAAGCAGAAGAAGAGGUCGAAGAAGACCUCAUGGACAAGAUGGUUGUGGAAGCUGAUUGCAUUCCUGGUGGCAUUGACGGCGAGGCACCUGAUCGAAAGCAAGUGCUUGAUGCACGCGAGAUCCAGGGUGUGUUGGACUUUGGGCAGCGCAUCAAGACAGAGGGGAACGAGGCAUUCCUGAAUGAGAAUUGGGAAGGCGCUCUGACGCGGUAUUGCCAGGGUGAUGAGAUGCUCAAGAAUUUUGCCGCCGAGCCUCAUUUAGACAAAGAGAACAAGGAACUGAAGACAAUGCAUCGCCAGUGCUUGAACAACAAGGCAAAUGCUGCCCUGCAGAUGGACCAGUGGCAAACUGCAUUGAGAGCGGCCGAGUCGGCUCUCAAGCUGAAAAUGGAUGAUGAGAAGGCGCUCUUUCGCAAAGCUCAAGCGCUGGAAGGCCUGGGCAAAACCGAGGAGGCCUUGGAGGUGCUGGACGAGGUGGAACAGAUCGCCGAAGAUAUGGACGAGGAGUUUCGGGAGCAGAUCCUGGACGACGUGCGAGAGCAGCGCGAGGAGAUCAAGGCGAUUGAGCGGAAGGCAGCCAAGAGCUUCAACAAUAUGUUCAAAGCCAUGGGCGACAAGCAGGUCUUUGGCGGUGGCAGGUUCUUGGCGGAUGGCACAUCACCGCCCCGGGCACUCACAGGUGCGGAAGAGAGGCAGCUGAAGCGGCUGAAGGCCAAAAAGCGGUCGUGGAGUCUGUCUGUGAUUUUGAGGGUUUGCCCACCCCCCCCCCUUUUUUUUUGGCAGCCAAAGGACAAUCCGACCAUUUUGUGGGCCCAUCAAAGAGAGACGCACUCGUAUGAUGGUUCUGGGUCAGGAGAGGGAGGAGUACCAAGCCGCAAAGUUCAAGCACGAACAGCAGCAGCGGCUCAAAGCCGGGCGCCGAGGGCGUUUGGAGCGGUGUACCUUUUUCAAGGUUUGUUGGGAGUGGCUUGA